UUAUAGCUAUACAGGAAAAACACACCGAUAAUACGACUAAUCCUUUAGGUUACUAGGAACAUUACAUCCACAUCGGUUUGAAAAGUACAGUUUGCAUUGUGGAUUCGUAACUUUUCCAGGUUUUUGUGUCGUAGUAAACUAACGUAAGCUAAUUCACCACAAUGCUGAACAUUGUUUGUUUUCUUUUAUCCAUAGCUUCAUGUUAUGUUAUUUCAGCUGCCUAAAAUCUUGUUUAUCUUCAGGUGGUGUUUGUGUCCGUGUCGCCGCGAUGAAGUUGCAGUGUGACGUUGAAGUUGUAAAUCGGAUGCUGCCUACGUUUGGUGUGAAAAGCAAAGGCAGAGGCUCCAGGGCCGUGCUGUCUAUCGGGAAACAUGUGGAUAAAAGCACACAGCGGGCUAAUGUUUACUUACUGAUAUGUACAGCAAAAGACAGAGCGGGAUCCAAGUACAAGCUGAAGGAAAAUAUAGAGAAGUUUUUCACAUGCUUUGUAGAAGAGGGGAAAGCCACAGUACGACUUAAAGAACCGAUGGUGGACAUCUGCAUGAGCAAGGCGGAUACCACCAGCUUGAAAACCUUCCUCUCAGCUGCUCAACUUGCACACAAAGGAACCGUUAGGAACAGCAUUACUCUCUCCACACUUACCCCUGUUCGUGCCAGAGAUGUGGAGAAACCCAAAAAGAAGCUCACCAUCAUGUCCAAGAAGGACUAUCCCCUCACAUCCAGCUUCCCCUACUCUCUCGAGCAGCUGCACGUGUCUUACUGCAAGCUAGCAAGGGUGGACCUGCGCAUGUUGUCUCUAAAAUCUCUGCGAACCCUUGACCUCAGCAACAAUCACAUCAAGAAGCUUCCAGAUACCAUUGGCGACCUUCACUUCCUGACAGAACUGAUUCUUCACAACAACAACUUGGAGAGCUUCAGUGAAGCACUGUGCGUCUCCAGUCUCCAGAAAUCACUGCAGCAUCUAGACCUAAGCCAGAACUCCCUAAAGCUGCUGCCUGCUCGCUUUUGCAAAUUGCGUGAGCUUGUUAGCCUCAAAUUGGAUGCCAAUGAACUGGUACAGCUGCCUUUUCACAUUGGCCAACUCACAAAAAUGCGUUUCCUGUCAGCUGCCCACAACAAGCUUACCAUGCUGCCUGGAGACUUCUGCAAGCUGUCACUGGAGAACCUGGACCUGUUUGGGAACCCCUUUGCUCAGCCCAAUCCUCUUGAUCACAGCAUUCAACUCACGUUACCUCUUUCUUUGGAAGAGCUGGCCUCUAGAGCUGUGCUCAACUACAGAAUCCCUUACGGACCUCAUCUCAUUCCCUUAUACCUUUGUGGCAACAUGGAACUGGCAAAAGUGUGCAACUGCGGCUGCAUUUGUGUAAACUCUUACAUACGUACAGCUGUGAGCAUGAACCUGCACAUAGUUUCUCACACUGUGGUGCUAGUGGAUGACAUGGGAGGCACAGAAGCUCCCAUUCAGCGCCAUUUUUGCUCACUAACAUGCUACUGCCAAUUCCUGGAUGGCUGUGUGCAGAGAGGACUAAGCUGAGAAGAAUGUAACGUUAAACAAGAACCUCUUUUUACCAGUCCUGCUGAUAGAAGCUCUAGCUGCAGUUUUAAUACUCACACAGUGACCUCUGUUAUGUUCAGCAAUCACAGUUGGUGUUUCUGCUUGUUUGCUACCCUUAUGUGUGGUUUUGUGUGAUAUUGCCAUAAUAGUAAUGGGUUAACUACGGGUCACUUUUAGCACAUCAUGAAACAUCAUAUGGUUUGUGGUCUCAUGGUCACUAUUUAUAAUUACUUUUAUUUUAAAAUGACACUCUACAGGUAGACAGUGUGACACGGCUUAUUCUUCAGCAUUCAACCAAAAUAAAAUGAGAUACAACCCAAUACAUAUCAGACUGUUUAAAAGGCAAUUACAUUAUUAGUAAAACAAGAUUGUGUUAUAAAUUGGUCCUUAAUUGUCUAUAAUUUUGUGCAUGUCACUGUUUCUGUUCUUAAUAUUUUGGUGUAUUAUCAAUAAAUUAACAUUUUUUUUUAA